UCCCAAAGCGCCCUGUUGUGCACUGCUCUUGGUGAUGCUCUUCAAUUGUCGAACUCGCCGUCGCCACUGCGAGCAACCGAAGGCCAUCCUGGCAUGGAGCAUCUAAGCCCCAGCACUUUCCACAAAUUCGGGGAACAAAGCUUCUUGACGAAUUUCGAUGGGUACAGCGGCAUAAAUAUUCGAAAUAAACGUGUUGAUCAAAUGGCGUAUCUUUAAGUUUUGUUAUAACGUUUUGCGAAGAAAGUAGUUCGAUC